CAGGCUGUGAGGGCAGCCCCGGAGAAGAGCAGGCUCGGGGGAACGGAGGAGAGGCCGGAGAGCUGCCCGUGCCCCGGCGCGCAGCAUGCGCUGCUGAUGGCCGCGGCGGGGACCAGGGGCUGUCCGGACCGGGAGCGGGACCGCGCGGGCAUGGCCCUGCAGCAGCCAGCCCUCGCCCCCAGGGCCGGCCCGGCCCCGGCGCUCUACAUCCACAGCAUGCCCGCCUGGGUGCUGGAAGACUUCUGCCAGAAGAUGGACUGCCUGAGCGACUACGACUGGAUGCGAUUCGCCUCUUAUGUGAUCACUGAUCAAACAGAGCUACGGAAAAUCAAGUGCAUGGAGAAGACAGGGAUCAGCAUCACGAGGGAGCUCAUGUGGUGGUGGGGAGUGAGGCUGGCGACAGUGCAGCAGCUCCUGGACCUGCUGCAAGGGCUGCAGCUUUACCGAGCAGCUCAGGUCAUCCUGGACUGGACAUCAGCCUCUAGCAUCACCAGCCCCGGGAAAGAAGAGCCAGAGCCACCCAAACAGAUUAUAUCUGUCCCUCCCACAGAAGGCAAAAGGAGAGACAAAGAAAAUGCCCUAAGUUUGUUGCCAUGCCCAGACUCCUCGCACCUGGGAGCAGUGCCAUCAGGCAUUUCAGGUGCUGCUUCUGAAGGAGCCUUGUAUUCCCUCCCUGCUCCACCACCUCCCCCGAGAGAGCUUUUGAAUUCCCUACAGUCCAAUCCUCCUGUUUUAUCGAGUGUGAAGCCCUGCAGCUCUUCUGCUCCCCAGCAGGAGACGAUGGCUGACCUCCCUAGCGGGAGUCUCCUGUGGACCCAGAGGGAAAUUGCCAAUGCCACCAACAGCUUCAGUGACAAGAACAGAAUCUGUGAAGGUACUUUCGCAGAUGUCUACAAAGGUCAGAGGAACAACAUGCUGUUUGUCAUCAAAAGACUCAAAGAGCUGGAAUGCACGAGCCCAGAUUCCACCCAGAGGUUCUUUCAUACAGAGGUGCAGAUUUGCUUUCGGUGCUGUCACAUAAACAUUCUGCAGCUGCUGGGCUUCUCGGUGGAAACUGGAUCACACUGUCUGAUAUAUCCCUACUUGCCCAAUGGUUCCCUGCAAAACAAGCUGCAGUGCCACGAUGAUUCUGCUCCAUUGACCUGGGAGAUGCGAAUUAGCAUUUCUUUAGGAGUUGUCAGAGCAGUAGAGUAUUUGCAUAAUUUUGGAAUUCUUCAUGGGAAUAUCAAGAGCUCAAAUGUCCUGUUGGAUGAAAACUUUACACCAAAGCUUGGGCAUUCUGGACUGCGGCUGCAUUCUUCUGAUAAAAAAUCAGAAUAUGCCGUGAUAAAAACCAAAGUCCUGCAAGCUUCUCUUACUUACCUGCCAGAAGAUUUUGUCAGACAUGGGCAGUUAACAGAAAAAGUGGAUAUAUUCAGCUGUGGUGUGGUCUUGGCAGAGAUACUGACUGGGAUGAAGGCACUGGAUGAAGACAGACACCUGAUUUACCUGAAAGAUAUGAUUGCCGACGAAAUUCAAACAGCAAAAGAAAGCUCAGACUCCAAAGGAAAAAACUUGGAAAAACUGGCUGCCAAGGAAAUCUGCUGCAAAUACCUAGACAGAAAAGCAGGGCACUUGCUGGAAGAGGUGGCUGUUGAUUUUGCAUCAGCCAGCUGCCUUUGCCUGAGAAAGAAGAAUUCAAACAUAGCAGAGGUACGUGAAAUUAUGGAAAUGGCUGAAAACAAAUUAAAGGAGCAUUACAUCUGUGGAAGCAGCACUUGUGGAUUGUCCAUGAACACUCCAGAAGAAACUGAUGAUGAGACAGCCAGUGUGAGCGUGGACGUGCCCUCAGCAGUGGGCGGCGGGGAGGAGAGCGCGCGGGCAGCCGCGGGGAGCGGCGCCGGCCCCUGCGCGCCUGCGGCGCCCGACACCUGCGCCAUCUACGUGUCACGGGUGCCCUGUGAGUCAGAUGAGUCCAGCAGUUUCGUGUGGAAUCCUCCAGAAAAAUCCUCCGAGGAGUUACCUAGCCACAAGUGCAGCAGCCCAGAAGAAGGGUCAGGCUGUGGUGACAGGGUCAAGCAGGGGAAGCCUGCCCAGGGACUGCAGGAGAGAAGCCUGGCGUGCGCCAGAGGCGAUGGCACCCUGGAGACAGCAGCUGCUGCACAGGGCCCCUGUGUGCAGGGAAACACAGACCUGGACUCCUCGUGUGCUCCACAAGCUUCAGCCAGAGAGACAUCUUGGAAGAUACAGAUAAAUGAUCAAAAAAAGAAGCUCAUGGAAAAUAUUUUGCUGUAUGAAGAGGACAAGUUAAACAGUUCUGAACUUUUUGAAUCAUAAAUUGGAUGGAUUAAUCAGCAGUGGCCAGCUCAGAAGAAGAAAGAAGGACUGUGUCCUCAUUAGAAGGACGGUAAAAGUGCACCUUUCACGUAAGAUUAGGUAGCAGGUUUCAAUCAGGAACACUAGCCCUGACUGAAGGAAACAAGAAGUACCACAUAGAGAAGCACCAGAAAAUAACUGUUCUAUAGCAGAUUAAAGCACAGUCCCACUUUUCAUCUGCAAUGUGUAAAGGAAUGGCAAAUGCAAGUGCCAUAAUAAUUUGUGAUUGAUUUGCAGUGUGUUUCAGGAAGCAUCUGUUGGCGUCCUUAAGCCACAGCCCCAGGAGCUGCAGGGCAAACACUGAGCAGUGGCAGGCAGCAGUGCCCUGUGCUGUUUGCCCAGACAGGAAUCCCCAGAGCUGCUGGGAGUUUGCCAGUGGCUCUCUCCUGUUCUGUACAAUCUUAGUCCACACACCCAGAACCACUGCAUUACCUGAGAGGGAUUUUUGUGCAAGUUCUCAGAAUGUUGUACAGCUUCACCUCAGUUUGAACUGCACUGACCACAGGUGUAGGUAAUUAACUUCAGCCACUUUCCUCCACUCUCUGAGCUUCCCUCCACAUACAUGUGACAUCACUGAAGUCCAACCUUUCAGUUCACUGUUGGGAGCUCUGAGACCAUGUUUAAUACUUCAUAGGAGUAUUUUUGGGAAUUAUUUUUUUCUAAGUGUCCUAUACAUGGAAAUGUUUCUCAUUGUGUUUCACAUGGUAACUGUUGUGUAUUUUGGAUUAGGAAAGAUUUUAAUUUAAAAUAGC